AAGUAAAUCACCUUUCUUGGCUCAUUUUCCAAUCACCAAAAAAACAAAGCCAUUUUCAGUUGUUCAUCUCUCUUGCUUUUCCAAUUUCAUCAUCAUUUGUGAAAUUAGCCAUGGCAGGUGAAGUAGCAAAGGAGGAAACUGUUGUUACAAAAGUGAAAAUCCUGAAGAAAACCAACGUAAAACCACAUAAACCACUAGGCAAAAAAGAGUGUCAAUUGGUAACAUUUGAUCUUCCUUACUUAGCUUUCUAUUACAACCAAAAGUUGCUGAUCUAUAAGGGUGCUGAAAACUUUGAUGAAACGGUGGAAAAAUUGAAAGAUGGUCUAGCCUUAGUGUUGGAAGAUUUCUAUCAACUAGCUGGGAAACUGGGAAAAGAUGAAGAGGGUGUUUUCAAGGUGGAAUACGACGAUGACAUGGACGGCGCGGAGGUGAUAGUGGCUGCCGCAGAAGGAAUUGAUGUUGCAGAUCUUACGGAUGAAGAAGGCACCUCCAAAUUCCUGGAUUUAAUUCCUUGUAAUAAAAUCUUGAAUUUUGAAGGGCUUCACCGGCCUCUUCUGGCUGUGCAGCUCACCAAGCUCAAGGAUGGACUCACCAUUGGAAUAGCAUUUAAUCAUGCUGUGCUGGACGGUACUUCCACGUGGCACUUCAUGGCCUCCUGGGCACAACUCUGCAGUGGGUCCACCUCCAUCUCGGUCCCACCUUUCCUUGAACGCACCAAGGCUCGCAACACCCGAGUCAAGCUCAACCUUUCUCCGCCAUCAGACGCACCAGAACCUGCCAAGUCAGCAACCAAUGGUGACGUCACCGCCAGCGUGGACCCACCUCUCCGCGAAAGGAUCUUCAAGUUCUCCGAGUCAGCAAUUGACCAAAUCAAGUCAAAGGUCAACGCUAAUCCACCGGAAGGAUCCUCCGCCCCAUUCUCUACAUUCCAGUCGCUCUCCGCACACGUGUGGUUAGCCAUCACACGUGCCCGCCAGCUCAAGCCGGAGGACUACACAGUCUACACUGUCUUCGCCGAUUGCCGGAAAAGAGUCGACCCUCCGAUGCCAGAGAGUUACUUCGGAAACCUAAUUCAGGCGAUUUUCACGGUGACGGCGGCGGGUUUAUUGCUGGGGCAGCCAAUUGAGUUCGCCGCCGGGAUGAUACAGCAAGCGAUUGUGAAACACGACGCUAAGGCGAUUGACGAACGUAACAAGGAGUGGGAGAGUAAUCCGAAGAUUUUUCAGUACAAGGAUGCUGGAGUGAACUGCGUGGCUGUCGGAAGCUCGCCGAGGUUUAAGGUGUACGACGUGGAUUUUGGAUGGGGACAGCCGGAGAGUGUGAGGAGUGGUUCGAAUAAUAGGUUUGAUGGAAUGGUGUAUUUGUAUCAAGGGAAAAAUGGAGGAAGAAGCAUUGAUGUGGAGAUUAGUUUGGAAGCAAAUGCUAUGGAGAGGUUGGAGAAGGAUAAGGAGUUUCUCAUGGAAGCUUAAUUAAUUAGCUAGAAUGAGAAUCUAUCUCUAAAUUCUAUGAGUAAUUUGUAUGUUUCCCUUUUUUUUUUCUAUCUUUUUCCUUUUGUUUUAUUUAGGGGUGGGGUGGGGUGGGUAGUGGUUUUCUCCUUCUUCUUUUAUUUAUUGUUUUCUGCUUUCUAUGUUUUUCGUUCUUUGUAUGUUAUGCAGAGACGAAACUCAUGAGUAUAAAGGAAUAAAAGUUUGUUAGAGAUUAAUGUGAUAUCUUUUAGGGGUCGUUUGGUAAGA